AUGGCAAGUACUCCAGUUGGAUCUAAUGCACUUAUUCAGGAAGUUCUUGACCGCAGUAACUAUAAAAAGUGGAGAUUACGGUUAAAAACUUAUUUCUUGUCUGAAGAUCUAUGGGAUAUUGUAGAAGCAAACACGGAACCUCCAAAACUAGAAGAUGAUCAAGCCGGUUAUAAGGCUUGGACCAAAAAGAAUGCCAAGGCUUUAUAUGCAAUCCAAAGCUCAUGCGGGCCGGAGAUGUUUACUUUUAUAAGCGAAACUGAAUCGGCCGAAGCUGCCUGGGAGGCUUUGGAACAAGAGUGCAAGGUUUUGCUAGGAUAUGAUGAGAAUAAUGCCGACCACUUGGUGCGCUAUAAAUCGUUCAUCGGAUAUGUACGGAGAGGCGAUUGGGAUAGGGCAAAGAAGUGCCUAGGAGAAGUUGAUGUGCGUAGUGUGAUAGUAAGAGCAAUAGCUAGGUGGGACGGGAUGACAGCUCUUCAUGUAGCAGCCUGGGAAGGGCACGCGCAUAUUGUUAAAGAGUUGGUGCAUUUGAUGACGCAAGAAGAUUGCAAAACAAAAACCGGUUCUGGUCGUACAGCUCUUCACCUUGCAGCACAGCAGGGGCAUGUUCAUGUUGUGAAAGAGUUGCCGGUGCAGUUGAUGGGAGAAGUACAAGACAAAGGUGGUGACACAGCUCUUCAUGAUGCAGUCCACUCAGGGAAGGUCGAUGUUGUGAAAGAGUUGGUGUUGUUGAUGAGACAAGAAGACUUGCAAAUAAAAAACCAUGCUGGUUACACAGCUCUUCACCUAGCAGUGAAUAAGGGGAAUAUGCCUAUGGUCAAAGAGUUCGUGACAAAAGAAAAAGGUGAGAACAAUAUUGUCAUGGACGAUUUUGAGCGUUAUAUACCGUUUACCACCUAUGUGAAAAAUGGUGAUUGGGAUAAGGCAAAUGAGUGUCUUAGAGAACUAGAUGAUCCAUGUGGUGCAGUAACAGCAGUAGAUCCAAGAGACAACUACCGAGACACUGCUCUUCACGUGGCCGCCCGGGAAGGGCAUCUGGAUGUUAUCAGAGGAUUGAUCUUGUUGCUGAAAAUGAGACGAGAAGAUUUGGAGUUGAAAACAGCACAAGAUUUCACAGCUUAUGGUUCUGGUAUAACUUUAGGGGUCACUGAAGAAUUUCUCAUGGAAAGGGCCAAAUACAUGGUUGAACAGUACGAGAAAACACAUGGUAUUUUUUUGGAGAUGCAAAAUUCUGAAGGUUGUACAGCUCUUUACCUAGCAGUACGGGUGGGAAAUGUUGAUAUUGUGAAAGAGUUGGCGCAUAUGAUGACACAAGAAGGUUUGGAACUGAAAAGCUUCAGUGGUUCCAGUGCUCUUCACCAAGCAAUCGGGUAUGAGCGUAUAGAUAUUGUGCAAGUGUUGGUGCCCUUGAUGAGAAAAGAAGGUUUAGAAAUUAAAGACGACCAUGGAGACACACCUCUUAACUAUGCCGUCUUAAAAGGGAAUGUGGAUAUUGUGAAGGCAUUGGUGCAAUCCAUGAGACAAGAAGGUUUGGAAAUAAGAAACAGCAAGGCUGAGAUUGCUCUUCCCCGAGCAAUAUCGAAGGGACAUAUGCACAUUGUUAGAGAGUUGUUGCCGUUGAUGAGACCAGAGGCUUUCGAAGAAAAAGACGGUCGCGGCUGUACAGCUUUAUGUGGGGCUAUUGCAUGUUUGAAGGAUGGAGAAGUGUACGAGAUAGCUAAGUACAUGGCUGAAAGAAAUGAUAGAGUAUUUGGCAUCCCCUCAGCUCCCUAUGAUGAAAUUCCAGUUGUCCAAGCUCUUCGUUGGAGGAAAUGGAGAUUGGCUCGCUCUAUCUAUUCUCUCACUCCACUUGAACUUAUCGACCAACCUAAUGGCGGUGCAUUUAUUUGCUAUUGUCUUGAUACUAGCACACAGAUUGGUAAGACUGUCAAUUUUAGUAACCAUUUUAACUGA